CGGACUUGAUCAACGAUUCGACGCACAACUAGGAUGCAUCAAGCUCUACUUGUCCCCGAAGUUCUCAUACGUAUCUUCGAGCAUGUGGAUAAAAUCUGAGGACCAUUACAUGUCCAGAAACCAUUAUCUCGACAAGCUCUUGCAGCGCUUGCAAUCACAUGUAAAAUCUUUCACGAGCCUGCAAUGGAUUUCCUUUGGUCCAAUAUGAAUUGUUUAAAACCUCUGCUAGGCUGUAUAACAAGGUUACACCCAAUAAUAUACCCUACAUCUCAGCGAUCCUGGUCUCGGGGGAUCGAGCCAUUAUCUGAGCUCGAGCGCAGUCAAUUUCUCCGUCAUUCUGUCCGUGUGCGCAUCAUGACUGUGUCAUCCGAGGACGAUUUUCACCUCCUUCGUUCCUUCCCCUAUCACAUAUGCGUGUUCUCAAAACUGCUUUCAUUAUCCUGGAUGGUUGUAUUCACAAAAUCCUUGCGCUUCUUCCUGUCCCCUACGCUGCGCAAUUGUUAUAUCGCAAUAGUUCAACCAGAUCUAGCUCGGCACUCUAUCGGGACCCGUUGUGCUGCUCUGGAGGGCUUGGACAUCGACACAAUGGGGACCAUAGCACAGGCUCCACAUCUGUCUGAAACCGUCCGUUCAUGCAAGGCGCUCGUACGUCUGCAAUGUCCACCGCUGGACUUUCCAGCAUGGAAACAUCUCUCCACUGUCCCUACCCUUCGCGAUGUGUCGAUAUUUCAAGAAAGCUUUUCGAGUCCCCCGUUCAGAUUGGAUACGCACAAUUUGGAGUCUUUAACUUUCCUCAACGUUACGACUCUUCGUUUCUCUUUUGCACCAAUCACAGACAUCACCGCAAUCAUACAACAUUCAGAAUUCCCAUCGCUCAAGGAAUUCGAGUUGGCCGACCACGUUUUACCUGGGGCAGAACUUCUACUGCUUUUACGAGCACUGUCACAGUGCAAAGCAUGCAAUACCCUUGAAAAAAUUUCCAUCUCCGAUGAUGAUCCAGAAGUCCAGGAGCCUCCAGGCGAAUCAUUUGCAGUGAUUAGCGAGCUUCAUUGUUUCACGCAGCUGCGAACCCUCCGGAUUUAUGUUCGGUGCUCUAUCAACCUUGAUAACGGCCUUCUUUUCGAAGCCGUGUCAAGUUGGCCACAGAUCCGCAGUUUGACGUUAUAUGACCCAUAUCGUCGACCACCUAAAGUUACCUUCCGCGGAUUUUUCGCAGUGCUCAGUCAAUGUCCCUACUUGCAAGCCCUGCAUGUAGGAAUAGAUGUUGUGGACAUUGAUAUCAAUAUCGAAGCCGAGUCAUUCCAACACACCUCCUUGAAAGGAAUGAGCUUCCACUACUCUCCGGCAGUAAAUACCGAAGCUGUCGCGCGCAUCAUUUUCGCCAUGCUCCCUAACGUCCAGCUUCCGGAAUAUGACAAAACAUGGGACGACGUUAAGACGCAUCUCGAAUCCCUCAAAGCUUCUUCCAGUUUGAAAAGUGCAGACAGCAACUAACGAGUGAAAAGGCGUAAGAGGGGCAAAGAUAGGCGACAAUAUCAUCGAUUCGGUUGACUUGUAAAGAGUGUCCACAUAGUUCCGAUAAUUGCUCCAGCUUCACUAAGUAGGUUAGUUUCGUGAUUACUUUAGAAUUAUAUAUCAGAUUGCGACCCCACAGCUGGCUGGAAAUUAUACGAGAUGACGGUCGUUCAAACUAGUUCGUCUGAAAGGCAGCCUCACGUUCAAUACUACGGAUAUGGAUACGAGGUGAGCCCACGAUCUUGACGCGUAAACAUCUCAUUUUCAAAACAGGACAUACUUACCACAAUCUUAGAUACUCCGUAUUUUAUCCAAGCAAAUCUCAGCAAGUAC